AAGAUUGAAUCUGUAUAUAUAUUUUUGGUAAAGUGUUGAAUUAUUAUGUCAGUUUCUAAUCUGUGACAGAAAUUACAAAGAUAAUUUAUAUCAUAGUGCGAAAUUUUAAAUUAAACAUCAAACCCUAAGAUGACAAUGAAACAAACCUGUAGUAAGAGCGGAACAAAGUCGAAAAGGCAGCUAAGCAAUGUCUUCGGACCAACGAAUCUGUAUAUAUUUUAAGCAUAAAAAUAUUGCAAUGAAGUUAACUGGUUAUAAGACCACCUCCAUCGGUAGCAUCUAGAGGAGGUCCUGAUAUAUUAAAGAGAAAAAAUUAAAUGAAAAAUGAAUUUAUUAAGCUGAACCGCUCCUUAAUUGAGUGAUUAUAGGAGUGGUAAAAAACUCCUACGUGGCAUAUUCGUAUUGGUUGAUUCUUUUUCUACGAAAGGAAAAAAACUCGUGGCCUUUUCUCUCUAUUGUUGUUUCGGCGGUGCUCUCUUCUCAUCUUCGAUGUCAUCGAAGAAUCAGAGAUGCUUUUCUGAUGAAAUCUCCAAAGCUUGAUGAUGGCUCGGUCUCUCCGUCUCUCCUCUUCGUGAUUUAACGCCGACGACGACAAAGAGGAGACAGCAGUGGAGUAACGCGCCGAAUCCGAUACCAACGAUGUCCCAGCCCCAGAAUCCGAUACCGACGACGUCGUGGCUCCUCGUCUCGUCCAUCCUCAAGUUCCUCUCGAUCAGCGACUCCAAGCUCUGCAAGUCCUUAGCCAACUCGCUGUGACUCCUCACCAUCUCCUCCAUCGAUUUUAUCGGCACCGAGUCGCUGAUCUUCCACCGAUGCCUUCGAUAUCUCGUCUGUCUCUUCCAACAUAGAGGUAGUGACUCUCGGAACCGAUUGAUUGAACUCGACAACUCCUCUGACAACUUUGAGGUUUAUGGUUGUCGAAUCCGAUGAUUUUGGUGUUGUAAUUAACCAAGUGUCUUCGGUUUUGAUAACAGGACAGUUCAUAGCAGCUUUGGAUGGUUUAGCCGCGUGGGAGACAGUAAAGGAGAAGACAGAUAACAUUGAAGACAAAGAUCCUCCAAAGAGCAGCAAGAUACAGGAAAGGAGAAGACAUCUCACAUUGAAGACUCUCUUCAUCAAAGAUGUCAAACCAUCUCUUCAUCAGGUUCAGAGGUAAGCUGUCCAUCCUUUAAUGCGUGUUAGACAUGGUUUAGGUUAGAAUUAAAUGGACUUUAGGAUCAUGUAGUUGAUGGCAAUUGUUUAGGUAGAUACAUUGACUUUCUUGAUUUUUUAGUUUUAAGUACAUUGAUGACCAUUUACACUUAACACCUACUAAACUCUCAUUAAGUUUGCUUUAAAAAUGACCAAGUAUCCCUUUCUCAUUUCAUAUCUCUUCUCCUUUCAAAUUGCAUUUCAUAAAACAGAACAAGCUCUCAUUCCCCAUUUUUAAUUCAUUCCCCUUCGCUAUGGAUCCAUUUACGUCACCUUGUAGCUUUCAAAACCUUUUAAACAGUCAACAACCAUACCCCUCUGUCUCUGAUGCGUCUGCCUAUGGUACUGGAUGGCCUGAAGAGGAAAAUGAAGAAGCAGACAUCGUGAGUGACCGUAAAGAAAGGCGGAAAUGGUCACCAACUGAGGACAAGGUGCUCAUCAGUGCUUGGUUGAAUACAUCUAAAGACCCUAUCGUUGCUGGUUUGCAGAAGAGAGACUCAGCUGGCUGUAAAUCGAGGUGGGGGAAGCUUAAUGAGGGCGUGUGCAAGUUUGUAGGGUGCUAUGAUGCAGCAACUAAACAAAAAUCUAGUGGGCAAAGUGAGGAUGAUGUUUUAAAGCUGGCUCAUCAGAUAUUCUUCAAUGAUUACAAGAGCAAGUUCACACUUGAGCAUGCUUGGUUGGAGCAGAGGCAUGAUCAAAAAUGGUCUGGAGGUCUGGCGAGUAAAAAUGGUGUGACAUCUAAGAGAAGAAAGGUUGAUAACCAAACAUGACAGUCAUCAACGUCAGUUCCAUGUAGCCUUGGAGAAGAGGACGCAAAUGGUGUGGAGGUCCGGCCUGCGGGUGUCAAAGCUGCAAAGAGACUAAGUAAAGUUGCUGUGAGGAAGGCUAACACUGAAGAAGCAGAAGGGAAGGUGUGUGUGGACCUUGAGAACAUGUGGGACAUGAGGCAAAAGGACUUUGCAUUGAGAGAGAAGGUUAACAAUCAAAAAUUGCUUCAGAGGCCACUUGGCAAGACUGAGCCAUUAACUGAACCAGAGCAAGCUUUGAAAAACAAGCUGAUCAAUGAUCUGUUGGUUUGAGGGUGUGUAUGAUGUUGUUUCUGAUCGAUCUUGUAUGGUAUUGUGUCUGAGUUUGUAUUGAGUUGUGUCUGAGUUUCUAUGAUGUUGUCUCUAAGUUUGUAUGAUAUUGUUUCUGAUAUUGUCGAGUCUGUGAUAUGCAUGUCGAGUCUGUAUGAUAUUGUGUCUCAUAUUAUGUCUGAGUUUGAGUUCUCGAGUCUGUAUAAUAUUGGGUUUCAAUGUAUAAUAUUGGUUUCUAUUUUAUGAUAUUGAGUUUCAAUGUAUAAUAUUGGUUUUUAUCUUUUAUGAGAUUGAGUUUGAGUUCUCGUGACACAAACAACAAAAGAAAUAAAGUGAGUGGCAUGUGACGUUUGUUGUGUAACUGAUCUAUACACAUGAAUUUUGCAGGUUGAUGGUUGAGAGAGAUGCAUGUGACACAAGCAAACAAGAAAAGGAAAAGAAACAGCAGGGAAGCAUGUGACACAAACAAACAACUUUCAAAUGUCGUAGCAUGUGAAUCCUAAAGUUCCAUACGUUUCAUAUUCUUCCUUUAUAAUGUAGUAGCAUGUUUAGAAAAUUGUAUUCUCCAAAUUGUGCCAAACGGUUUCUUUCUCUCUUUUUUUGCUGCAUUGUAAAAUUCAAAUUGUGCCAAACGUUUUCUCUCGUUUCAUAUUCUCUCAAACUAUUUCUCUUUUAUCAUCUCUCUCUUACCAUUUCACUUUCAAAUGUCUUCUUCUUCUUCUUCACAAAAUUUUGAAGAUAUUUCGGAUGAAGCAUUUGAUCAACUUUGGGACGAACAAUUCGAGAAACUUUACACUCACCAUGAAAAUCGUCAAGCAGCUGCAAAGUCCAAAAAAAAAGAGCUUACAUUGAAAGACAACGCGAACAAGGACACAUGCAGUUGUGGAACGAUUAUUUUAGUGAAGAUGCAACAUAUCCUUCUCACAUGUUUCGACGCCGUUUUAGAAUGAACAAGACUUUGUUCAUGCGAAUUGUUGAUCGACUCUCCGCUGAAAUUCCAUACUUUCAACAAAGAAGAGAUGCUACUGGAAGGUUCGGUCACUCUCCAUUACAAAAGGCAACAGCAGCAAUUCGUAUGAUGGCAUAUGGUUGCCCAGCUGAUGCAGUCGACGAAUACCUCCGACUUGGUGAGACCACCGCGCUUUUAUGCUUGGAACAUUUUGUACAAGGAAUCAUAGAUUUAUUUGGAGAAGAAUAUCUAAGAAGACCCACACCAGAAGAUCUUCAACGACUCCUUGAUACUGGAGAGGAGCGCGGAUUUCCCGGGAUGAUAGGAAGCAUCGAUUGUAUGCAUUGGGAUUGGAAGAAUUGUCCAACCGCUUGGAAAGGUCAAUAUACACGUGGAUCAGGAAAACCAACUAUUGUUUUAGAGGCUGUAGCUUCAGAAGAUCUUUGGAUAUGGCAUGCGUUUUUCGGACCUCCAGGUACCUUAAACGAUAUCAAUGUUCUUGAUCGAUCACCGAUUUUUGAUGAUAUAUUACAAGGUCGAGCUCCAAAAGUCAAUUAUAUUGUUAACGGACAUAACUACCGUUUGGCUUACUAUCUCACAGAUGGUAUUUAUCCAAACUGGGCUACUUUUGUCCAAUCUAUUCGAGAACCGCAAGGUCCAAAAGCAUCCUUAUUUGCUACAAAGCAAGAAGCUGUUCGUAAAGAUGUCGAGCGUGCUUUUGGGGUCUUGCAAGCUCGAUUUGCCAUUGUCAAAAAUCCAGCUCUUUUGUGGGAUAAAAUAAAAAUUGGAAAGAUAAUGAGAGCAUGUAUCAUUCUUCAUAAUAUGAUCGUGGAAGAUGAACGAGACAAGUACACUCUUACUGAUGUAUCAGUUUUCGAACAACCAGAAUCAAGCCGAAGUUCACAUGUCGAUUUAAACUUUUCAACACAGAUGCCUACAAAUCUCCAUAAUGUUAUGGGCAUGCUGACCAUUCGGAAUGAAGUCCGUGAUAACCAAAUACAUCAACGACUGAAAGCUGAUUUGGUUGAGAAUAUAUGGCAAAAGUUUGGAACUCCUCAAGAUUUCAACUAAUCGGUUUUUUCUCGUUCACGAUUUGUAUUUGUAUUAUUAAUAUGUUUUGUGUAAUAUUUAUUAAAACUUUUAUGUAUGCUUU